AUGCGCGUUUUACCUCGAUCUGUGAAAUGUGAUUGCCCGCUUUCGUUUCGGGCGAGCUCGCCCAUCCCAACUUUGUUUCGUUGCGUUUUAGGGCGUCAACCGAAACACGGCGGCCGUCUGUCGCUGCGUAGUAUAAAAUGGAAGCUAUCCCUUCGAUUUUAUACCACCCAACUCCGCUCAGCUAGCGUCAUCCGUACCAGGAAGCCUUUCGUUGCACUCACCCCCGUGUACCUGUAG